UGAACAAGUUCCUCCUGCGUACCAUUACGUUCUCUGAUUUUCCCUGUCUUGUCGUCCAAAGUCACCUGCUUCGCCCUUUCGUGCCUCUGCAAACCCCCAUUCCCCAAUUUCUUCAUUUCACCUCACCUCACCUUCUCUUCACCCGCCUGCACCUUGUCGUCGUUUCCGGGGAUCUCAAGGUUUCGAGAGAGGAUUGUUGGUCUAUUUUGUCAUCUGCACAUCGGUCCAUCUUGCGUCUCCCCGUCCUGCUGGAGUUGGUCGGGUUUCUGUUAUUUUGGUGGCCUGCGCAACUACUCACUCAUCUACUGUUCGUCGUCCUCUCUUAUUUGGUGAAUCAUUCUCCUGCUCGGGCAUUCCUUCUCCCUUCAACCUUCACUCACUAACUCGAUGGCGUUGAGCACAGUCCACUUGAUCGACUCCCAGUAAUAUCACACCUCCAAUUCUUCGUCCACUUGCCUCGAGAAAAAGUCCAACCGCUGUCAAUAUGGCCAGCGCAGCUCCUCCUGUUCCUAAGCUCGACCGAUACGUGGUCAUACAUGUAGCAACCACCUGCGACGAACAUGGUGUUUAUGUGACAAAAGACUCUGCCGAGGUCAUUGAAAUUGGUUGGAUACUUCUCGAUAGCAAGACCUGCGAAGAGUUGUUCCGAGACAGUGUCCUCGUCAAGCCCGUCAACACACCCAUCACCCCCCUAUGCACUAGCCUGACCACCUUGACCUGGGAACAUGUCCGCACUGCCGGGUCUUUCCGCGAUGCCGUCAGUCGAUUUGACCACUUUGCCCAAGAACACCUUAUAUCCAAAAACCUCGAGUUCUCUUUUGUGACACUGGAUGCUUGGGAUUUGCGGGUCCAGUUGCCCCGAGAAGCUCGCGACAAAGCAGUCGUCCUACCUGCUUACUUGCAACACUCCCGCACCUUUGACCUGCGCUCAGAGUAUGCCCGUUGGCAACAGCACCAUCCAGAGUCUCUCCCAUUCGGCCCCAGCUCUCUAGCAAACAUUUGUGCUGCUCUGGAGGUGGAGCCUGUGCAAUCCUCGGCUCCAAUCAAGCACAACCUGCCCUUCCACCUCCAGGCCCUGGCGCCUGCCUCUCCUCGUCGUGCCAUGGAAGAGGCAAUUACCUUGACCAGGGUUCUCAGAGGUCUCAUCCGGAAGUCGCAACCCGCCCAUGAUCACCCGGAAAUUCUCACCAGACCCAUGGAUGCCAGGGCAGAUGUCAACGCCUUCUUGAAGGAACGCAGCAAGGUUCUACACAUGAACGGCCUGCCGCACGACACCACCCAGUCCGAACUGGAAAGUUGGUUUACUCAAUUCGGUGGUCGUCCCAUCGCCUUUUGGACUCUUCGUACUCCCGAUCAGCACAAACCAACCGGUUCGGGCUUUGCUGUGUUUUCUUCACAUGAAGAGGCUGCCGAAAGUCUCUGUAUGAACGGCCGCGCUCUCAACGAAAAGGCCAUCGAGGUCUCGCCUUCUUCUAGCCGAGUCCUCGAUCGUGCCGCCGAAAUCCUCACCCCGUUCCCUCCCAGCAAAAACCGUCCUCGCCCAGGUGACUGGAACUGCCCCUCAUGCGGUUUCUCAAACUUCCAACGUCGGACUGCCUGCUUCAGAUGCUCCUUCCCCGCCACUGGCUCUGCUGGCAAUGAUCCUUAUGGAGGUUAUAGUGGUUUCCAAGGUUACCCCCCUCCCGUCAUGGCACAUCCUCCCCAUCAUUUCAACCAUCACGGACCUCAUCACCAUGGUGGUCGAGGUGGCGGCGCCGGCGUGGUCCCCUUCCGUGCUGGUGACUGGCGAUGCGGCGCCGAAGGCUGUCAGUAUCACAACUUUGCGAAGAACAUCAACUGCCUUCGUUGCGGUGCUCCUCGUUCGGGUGCUGCUGUUGUCGUUGACUCUUCCUUCCCAUCGCCAAUGGGACCUUCGUCCGAGUUUGGCAUGGGCCCUGGAUCCAUCGGCGGCACUCCAGGUCCAGCUCCUUAUGGAGCCGGCGCAGCCGCCUUUGGUUCUGGCGCUGCUUUUGGUCAGGGUCCUCCACAAUCUCAGUAUGGCAUGCCCUCGGGUAUUGGUGGUCCUGGCGCUCCCUUCCCUCACAUGGGCGGCAUGAACCCUGGCUAUGCGUCCAGCAACAUUUCUCACUCCUCGUUUGGCCCUGCUGCCCAAGCCGCUUUCAGUGGAGCGGCUGACAAUACAAAUAUCCCUUCUGGUAACGGUCCUCAGAACGGGUUCUACGGUGCUGAGCACAACCCUGACCCCUUUGCUUUCCUCUCCGCCGGUCUUGGCAACCUUAGCGUGGGUGACGAGAACCAGCCACCAAGACGCAAUGGAGGUCCUCAGAGUGCCAAAAGCCCAGCAUGAUGACUGGACCGAGACACGACCCUAGUUGCCUUUUGAGGCAUUUGGAUUUCUCCACCUACAAUAACGACUUCGAUGACAUGUUUUCAUGUUGAGGAUGGAGUGUUAACUUUUCUUCCCACUUGUACUGGACUUGCGAAUUCAUGCACAUGUGUUUCCCUAGUUUGUAUUGUGGAUAUUGGCGGGUGGUGCUCGAGGACUGCAGGGAUGGAAGUACGAGGGGUCGUGCUCAAUGGCAACGGGACAAUCUUUGCAUAUGAUUGAUGGAUGGCCUAGACCUUUGGCUGGAUUUUUCCCUCUCUGACUCGACUGUUGGGUUUUGUUGAUCUCGGUCCCUAGACGGCCAGCUAGGUCGUGUCAACAGUGGUGAGGGUAAAGGAAAGGGGCAUGCAACGGUCUAGAGAAAAGAAGUGACAAAAAGCGAAAUUUGAGACUGGAACCAGCUGGAAUGAAAUUGCAGGACUACUGAGCAUAUGCACUCCUUGGUAUGUUUACGUAUGUGGGAGUUGCCAUGGGGUUAGCUAUUGCCAGCAUAGCGAAGGAGUGACAAGGGAGACCAAAACUCAGAUAGGUUUAACAGAGAAUGAGAAUGAACUACCGAACUAUAAUCACUUUGAUAGCGUGAAUAUUAUCAUUUGCACC